GAUGUGACCUGAGAGGACAUCUCUGCUAAUCAGUCUGGGUUAACGUUAUUUCCAUGCGCUGAUUGUUAAGUGUGGGUGGAUUACAGACUUCAUUUUCAAGAGAUUUAUUCUGUUACGUUUUUUUCUUCUGAGCUACCAUCAUCUUGUAAGUCAGCUUUUAAUCAGAUGCCCAAAGGCCUGACAGAGAGAAGGCACUCAAUAUAUGCCAGCGUGUCUGAACCUGUUGUCUGACGUUAAGAAUAAGUGUCUGUCCUGGAGUCAUCACGCAGGCUCCACUUGUGCAGUGUGAUUUAUUUUGACCUUAAAGCAGCCAUCUGCUGUCCUGCCACCGCCUCCUCUGGCUGUCGGUCAGACGAGGAAUUAGCCAGGCCAAUUACUCGCGUGCCGAGAUCUAGGUGAGCCGCGUUAUGCUGUGGUGAAGGAGCAGGUGCCAGUUUCUGUGUCCUGUUUGAUAGAAAGAAAGAAAGAGGAGGAAAAGGACUUUUGCUUAUUUAUACAUUUUGAAUUUUUUUCUUGGUUUGUCAGAACAAGUGAAUUCAUGAGGGCUGCAUCUAUAAGAUGAGAACCAAAUUUCCAGGAAACACUGAAGCUGGUGGAGGUGUCAUUGACAUGUGACAGGAAGAGAGGUGUGGUCUUCCCAGAAGAAGAAAAACACAAUGAUGAGGAAGGAGAGGAGGAGAGAGAGGUAGAGAGAGGUAGAGUCAUCGAGGGAGGGAUAGGAGGAGUAAAGUAAAUCUCUUUCGAUCUGAUCAGUCUGUGUGAGGUGGACUAACUCUCUGCAAGUUCCCAGUGUGCAUCCACCAGCUGCACCCACAGGGACUCAAAGAUUGGUUCCAUUCUUCAGUGAAGAGAGAAAAAGACAACACAACAUCCAGAAUCAAACUAAUUCUCUGAAAAAAAAGAAGAUAAAUCUAUUUGAUUCCAUCUUUAGAAAUGAGUGGAUACUUUGUGAAUGGAGAGCAUUGUUUUUUUGCUCCCUGAUGUCUCCUCUACGACGACAAAGAAGUCAUCACAGUCUGUGCUGCAACUUGCAUCUCCCAUUUUGAAACUUAGACAAGCUACAAAGUGUUUCUGGCUGAACUGUGGAUGGAGAUAAUGAGGAACUCUCAGUCUCUUCACCUGUUCCUCGUUCCCUUUGUGUUUUCUCUACUUUCACUCCUCCUCUGUCGAGCAUCUGCCAGUUCAGGGUCUGACUAUGACUACGGAGCCCACCCACGCUUUGUUUGCACUCCUAUUCCCGUGGACGCAGACCCUUCCUGCUUCCCUACAGCAGGUCCCAGCACAGGCACGGCGGGGCCCAGUGGAGCAGGCCAACAAAGUGUGCCUCCCGCUGGCUGGUGGGGGGCGAGCGAGGAGGCCAAAGCUACCAUCCUGAACCUCAGGGAGAGCCUUGUGCGGCAGAAAGAGACCAUCCUGGACCAGAGGGAGACCAUUAGAGAGCUGACAGCCAAACUCACACUGUGCGGAGGCUUCGGCCAUGGCUUGACGCCGCACGACGAGCACCACAGCACAGCCUCGUACUCCCAUCACGCAGGAGUGGCCGGUCAUCACACGCACACUGACCAUGGGCACCAUAGUAACCAGCAGGGUCACCAUGGAAACAGCAACCUCAUACCAGACUCACCACACCACCCCUCUGCGGGGGCGCAGCGAUCAGAUAGAGGUCACAGCAGCAACAACCAGGGGAAGGAUAAACAUGUGACACCGGGGGACAUCACAUCAUCACCAGAGCAGAUGGAGAGGAUGCUGCAGGCGCUGAAGGAGAGGCUGGACAACUUGCAGCAGAAGAGGAACACAUCCAUCACCUACUCCAGCUCCCUGAAGGAGCUGCUGCAGAGGAAGAUCAGCGCUCUGGAGCAGCAGCUGCACCGUCGCACCGCCGCCCUCAGCAGCCCCGAGCACCACGAUGACGACAGCGGUCACAGAGACGACAGAGACCAUCACGACGACGAGCACCACGUUGACGAGCACCCAAACGACCACACGGACGACCACAAACACGGACAUCACGACGGCCACGACGACAGCGGGAACCACACCGACCACCACGACGACGACAGCCACAACGACGACCAUCACGAUGCAGACAGUGAUCACGAUGACCACGACGAUGGCCAUCACCACGGUGAUGAUGAUGAUGAUGAUGAUGAUGCUGCUGACCACCACAGUAACGAAGCAGACAGUCACAGUUACUUUCCACACACAGGAUACAGAGCACCAGGGCCCGGAGGCAGUUUCCACGAAAAUAAACUGGAGACGGUGCUCAACCAGCUGCACCUCACAGGUUCCAGCAAGACGACAGCACAGAGUCCAGAUGCCUUUCAGAUCAGCUUCCCCAUGAGAACCAACUAUAUGUAUGGGCGGCUGAAGAGGACUCUGCUGCAGGAGAUCUUCGCUCUGACGCUGUGCCUCUGGAUGAAGGAGGGCGCAGGCGGCAGCCUGGGGACGCCAUUCUCCUACUCCGCCCCGGGACAGGCCAACGAACUGGUGCUCAUCGAGUGGGGGGACAACCCCUUAGAGCUACUGAUCGAUGACAAGGCGGUGACGUUGCCCCUGUCUGUGAGCGACGGCAAGUGGCACCAUGUGUGUGUGACCUGGUCAACACGGGAUGGACAGUGGGAGGCCUACCAGGACGGAGUGCAGAGAGGCUCCGGGAUUAAUCUCGCUCCCUGGCACCCGAUCAAACCUGGAGGGGUCUUCAUCCUGGGACAGGAACAGGACACUCUUGGAGGGCGUUUCGAUGCCACUCAGUCAUUCGUGGGCGAGAUGUCGGACCUCCACAUGUGGUCACAUGUGCUGAGUGCCACUGACAUCUACAGCCUGGCCUCCUGCGGCAGCUACCUCAGAGGAGACGUCAUCGCGUGGUCCGACACUGAGAUGGAGCUUCACGGAGGCGUUUCCAGAUACCCCUUCAACCCCUGUCACUGAAAGGUCAAACAGAGAAACAACGUGGGAAAUGUCCUGGAACGUAAUGAGAACAUAUCUAUAAUUGGAACUACAGAGACUGAAGAUGGUGCAAGAAUGAAACAGCAGUCCCUAUGACCUUCAGUCCCUUUGACAGGUGUUCUGUGGCACCAACUCUUCCACCAUUUGAAUCAUUGCCUUUCUUUUAACAUAAUCAGUGACUCUUUAAUAAGAAAAUAAUUUACAAAAAGAUGAAUCUGUGUUUACAGAUUCAAUGUAGGGACUUAGUGGUCUUGGAUCUAGUUUUAUUUUAAACGGACAAAUGCUGUAUGUGACAUAUUGUCAUAAUUCUAAUAAGGCUUAACACUGUGGGGUCUGUGAUAAUGUGAGCAGACCUCACACGAGUUCUGUUGUGGUGAAGUGACAAACGUAUCUUGUUUGUAGUGAUACUAAUAGAAAUAUGCUAAGAACACAUUUGCUACUAUGGAUUCUCUUUGUUUAUAAGGUUUCCAUGGAGGAUACAGCUAAUUUACCAAAGAAACUGUAGAAUUAAUUUGUGUCACACUGUAAUUUUGAUAAUCAAAGUAUCAUAGAUAGACUGAUUUUUGAUAUUAAGAAAUAAUGAGAAGUCAAUCCCAGAUAAUUUUGUGUUUUACAGCCUCUGCCGGUUUUUACAAUUAUUACAGGAGUUCUUGUCAAAACGUUGUUCUACAAAAGGGCUCGUUUCAACAAAUGUAAAAGUUUAUCAGUUUUUUUCAUCUUUUCUAUGAUGCUCAAACAAAUUUACAUUUCUCAAUUUAUUUUCAAUAAAUUUUAGCUUUGUGAAAUCUUGCCGAUGUGUUUUGUGUAAUAAGAUCAUUGCACUGUGGCUUUUUAAUUUCUUCUGUGAUUUGGCCUUUUUCUGUACAUUUGUUAUUGUGUUGUACAUCAAACAUGGGAGUUUACAGCCGAGGUUAGAACUUUGAUGUUAUGUUUUUUUUUUGGAAUGUAAAUAAAAGAGAAAGAUACAUGUUUGUUUUCCGUCUUUGUAGAGUUUGUUGUGUUGUAUUGUAGAUUAUAAAUGAUUGUAUUAACUUUAAUCAAUAGGUCUUGAAGAGUUUCCAUGACUCACCGCUGUUCAGUCACCGAACUGCACAUCACUACAUAGAUGAAAUAUCAGAAGAAGAAAGCCACACAGCCCAUCAUCACUGUUCACCGUUUUAUUGUUACACAGUAGUUUACUGGCACCAAUGUAUCGUGGUUUUCCUUUUGCUACAUUUACAGAUGAUAUAUCCAUCUUCACCUCACAGUAAAU